CCUCCCCAUUCACUCAUCCAUCCACCUCUAAACAUUUGCUUGAUUAGCUUUUUUAUACAUCUCGAGAAAAAAAACCUAAUCCUCUUCAAUACCCUAACACUCAGUCUAGUAAAGAAAAAUCAACAAAACUAAAGCUAAAGAUGUCAGGAGUAUGGGUGUUCAAGAACAAUGGCGUGAUUCGUUUAGUGGAGAACCCUCAGGCCGACCAGGGUGGAAGUGAUCAGGCAAGAGCAAGGAAGAAGGUGCUCGUGCAUCUUCCUACCGGAAGAGUGAUUUCAUCAUACCAAACCCUUGAACCAAUCCUUAAAGAUCUAGGGUGGGAGCAUUACUUUGGAGGUGAUCCUGAUCUCUACCAAUUCCAUAAGAGAUCUUCCAUUGAUUUGAUAUCACUUCCUAGGGAGUUCUCCAAAUUUAGCUCGGUCUACAUGUACGACAUUGUCGUUAAGAACCCUAAUGUCUUCCAGGUUCGCGACAUGUAGAUCCCAUAUAUCUACAUGGACUACCAUCUAUCAAAACUACUUAUCUCUACAAAUUAAAGUUAGUUAGGGUUUGUGCUUGCAUGUAAAGUAUACAUAAGCAUUGCUUGUUUGAUUUUGCGCACUUUUUUGUGUCCCCUUUUAAGGAGUGUUAAGGUUUACUUCAAGAGUGAUGGUGUAUUUUUCAUGUUUGCAAAUUUUUCAUUUCAUCCAAAGAAACUAGAUAUUGAUGUGUACGUACCAUGGAGGUACACUCAUCAUCACCUCAUUUAUGUAUGUCUUGCUUAUUCCAUAUAUCGAUCAUAUUUCAAAGUACGAUCACAUUACAUUCAAGCUUCCUCGGAUGUAAGAUUUCUUGCAUCAUUUUUAAUUUCCUUCUUAUAGAUAGAUGUUUCAAUUGGUUUGUUUCUAUUCCUUCAAG